UUGUUAAUUUAAACUAAUUUUUUUCUUGUGACAUCAUUAACGAUCUGCUGACCUGCAUUUAUUAAAUGUUUAAUAUGCAGCGACACUUUAAUUUAAUGCAAUAAUAAAAUUGUUAUUUAAAUUUAUUAAAAAAAAAAUUAAGAAACAAACUGUCAUCGUAUACAUUAGUUAUUCAAAUAUUCAAUAACUUGGCAACUAACUCUGUAAAAAUUGUAAUUACUUUGUUGUUACAAUACAAUCUUAAAGAUAACAAAAAAAAAAAAAAAAUUAUUGAGCUUUAAAAAAAAAUUGAAUUCGCUUUAUGUUAAUUGAUAUAUUGAGCGUUAACUAAUGUCAACUUUUUAAAGCUUACCGGCGAAAUUGAGCAAUCGAUUUAUUUAAUCGGUUGUUUGAAGUGCAGUAUCCUACGUCGGAUAUACAUGUUAUUUUACUUGAUAGACAAGCUCCGAUCAGUGUAAUAAAAGGUAUCUGGCCAAGUGUGUUUAAAUAUUUAAUUUAUCAUGGCUGCGACAAAAUUGAAAAAUCCUCAUCUUGAUCAGAUGACAACCGACUAUUUAUAUCACUUAAAUAUUGCUAUAGGCGAUACUAAGAAUUCGAAAAGUUUACAAAAACAAUUUGGCGAUGUUAAGUUUAUUUGUAUGGGUGGCACUGGACAACGAAUGCUAAUGUUGGCAAAGUAUUUGCGAGAUAAUUUGCAGUUUCAAGACGGGGGAAAUGGAAGUGGAGAUUUCAUAAAUCUCACUGAAUCUGGCCAUCGAUAUGCUGUUUACAAGAUUGGUCCUGUGCUAUGCUGCUCUCAUGGUGUGGGUAUUAGUAGCAUGAGUAUAUUAUUGCAUGAAUUGCUUAAACUUGUUAAAUAUGCGAAAUGCAAAGAUCCGAUCUUCGUACGUGUCGGGUCAAGUGGUGGAAUCGGCGUAAAUGCUGGCACUGUGAUAAUAACUAAAGACGCUUAUAACGGCCAUUUACGCAAUCAGUACGAACUUGCUAUCUUAGGUAGAACCGUUAGUCGACCUGCCAAAUUCGACGAAACUAUUUGCAAGGAAAUCCUUAAUUGUGCAAAGAAAGAUGACAAUUUUGAAACAAUAAUCGGUAACACUUUAUCAGCGGAAUGUUUCUACGAAGGUCAAGCUCGUUUAGACGGAGCCAGUUGUGAAUAUCGAAAUGAAGAUAAAUUGAAAUUCUUAGAAGAAUGCCGUGUAAAAGAUAUAAAAAAUUUUGAAAUGGAAGCGGUUAUGUUCUCAGCACUAAUGCAUCAUCUGGAUGUUAAGGCUGCCGAGGUAUGCAUCACUUUUUUGGAUCGUUUAGAAGGAGAUCAAAUUAAAGUGACUAAACAGCAAAAAGAAGAAUUUGAAAAGCGAGCAUUUAUUAUAGUCGGACGUUAUAUUCAAUACAAAUUAAAACAAUAAUUUGAGGAGGAGUCACUCGCUCGCUCCCACAAAUCAGUUAUACUGAUUUUCUAUUAUUCAUUAACACAUAUAAAAUGAUACCACACAUGAAGACAAUAAAAUUACAAUUCCUCUAUAA